AUGCCACUUCUUGCCCUUAUCUUAUCUCCUCCCGCAGAGGCGUCAUCUGCUCCCCCUUCCCCAUCUCCCCCUUCCCCAUCUCCCCCUUCCCCAUCUCCCCCUUCCCCAUCUCCCCCUUCCCCAUCUCCCCCUUCCCCAUCUCCCCCUUCCCCAUCUCCCUCUUCCUCACCUCCCCAGGCCUCGCCAUGCUCCGCCACAUGUGGAACCUGCCCUACAGGAGCCACCUGCACGGUUACCUCUGGCAAUGUGUCGUACUGCAUCUGUCCUCCCGGCUAUGGCAUGGGGUACUCGUCUUGCUCAUCCUUCCUCUUCCUCAUCUCCUCCCUCGUCCCCACCCCAGGCCCCGCCACAUGUGGGAGCUGCCCCACAGGAGCCACCUGCACGGUUACCUCUGGCAAUGUGCCGUACUGCGUCUGUCCUCCUGGCUAUGGCAUGGGGUACUCGUCUUGCAUCAGCGCUCGUCCCGAUGCUUCCUCCACCAGCAUCACCUUCUACGAUCAGACAAACUACACCAUCAGCCCCACCACCUACACCAUGCGUCUGCGAUACAACGACUGCAGAUCCAUCCCUGCAUCCGUCGCCGAGCGCGCCCUCUCCCUGUGGCGUGUGGACGGGGUCCCUGGGGGUGCGGAUAACUGCGCCUCAGUGUAUGGUUACACUCGGGAGAGCUGCCAGGGGCCUCCCACGUGGCUGCCUAUCACCUCCAGUGGGACGGGAAUCAGUGCGGAAGGAACAAUCAACUAUACUCUAGUAAUGCGGUGCUGCUGUGCUGCGGUGCUGCUGUGCUGCGGUGCUGCUGUGCUGCUGUGCUGCGGUGCUGCUGCGCUGCUGUGCUGCUGUGCUGCUGUGCUGCGGUGCUGCUGUGCUGCGGUGCUGCUGUGCUGCUGUGCUGCUGUGCUGAUGUGCUGCUGUGCUGCUGUGCUGCGGUGCUGCUGGGUUGCUGUGCUGCUGUGCUGCGGUGCUGCUGUGCUGCGGUGCUGCUGUGCUGCUGUGCUGCUGUGCUGCGGUGCUGCUGUGCUGCUGCGCUGCUGUGCUGCUGUGCUGCUGUGCUGCUGUGCUGCGGUGCUGCUGCGCUGCUGUGCUGCUGUGCUGCUGUGCUGCUGCGCUGCUGUGCCGCUGUGCUGCUGUGCUGCUGUGCUGCUGUGCUGCGGUGCUGCUGCGCUGCUGUGCUGCUGUGCUGCUGUGCUGCGGUGCUGCUGUGCUGCUGUGCUGCAGUGCUGCUGUGCUGCUGUGCUGCUGUGCUGCUGUGCUGCUUUGCUGCUGUGCUGCGGUCUCUGUGUCAUAAAGGCCUGCAGCGCCAAUAGCACAUGUGUCGCAAAGAGUGGUGGGGUAGCAUCCUGUGUCCCCUCCCACACACACUCCCCUCCUCUUCCUCACUCCCCUGCUACGUGCAACCGCUCCCCCAGGUCCUUCUGUGGUCCCUGUGUGGUCAAAGCCUGCAGCGCCAACAGCACAUGCAUUGUGAACAGUGGUGGAGUGGCGUCCUGUGUGUGUGACCCGGGCUUCGUGCUGCAGGCGAAUGGCAGGACGUGCAUUGGUGGGGAACCAUGCAACCAUUCCUCUUUUUCCUAUUUCCCUUCUUCUAUGCUACAGAAACGUGCAGCAGCAACUCCGCCCUCCCCCUCCCCACACCUUCCUCCUUCAGAGCUGGUCUCUAUCU